AUGCUGCUCCUUCCAACCCUCGCCCUUGUCGGGCUCUUCACAAUCUUCGCUCUGGCAGCAGAAGACUACUACAAACUCCUCGGCCUUGACAAAUCCGCCGACAGCAGACAGAUCAAGAAAGCCUACCGCAAACUCUCACGGCAAUACCAUCCUGAUAAAAAUCCAGACAAUGAAGCAGCAAAGCAUAAAUUCGUCGAAGUAGCAGAAGCAUACGAAGUCCUGGACGACGAUGAAACGCGAAAGAUUUAUGAUCAGUAUGGACACGAGGGCGUGAAGCAGCAUCAACAGAGUGGACGUAGUCCGGGCCAACAUCACGAUCCUUUCGAUAUUUUCAGUCGUUUCUUUGGCGGCCAGCAACGAGGAGGGCAAAGAAGAGGACCAAAUAUGGAAGUCAGGAUUGCUGUCCCUAUGCGAAACUUCUACACAGGUGCCGACCACCAGUUCAAGAUCGAAAAGCAAGCUAUCUGCAGCAAAUGCUCCGGUUCGGGAUCAGAAGAUGGACAGCGAGAUACCUGUGGUCGAUGUAAUGGUCAAGGCAUGGUUAUCCAGAAACACCAGCUCGCGCCGGGUAUCUUCCAGCAGAUGCAGAUGCAGUGUGAUGUCUGUGGUGGUAAGGGCAGUACUGUCAAGCAUAAGUGCAAGACUUGUAACGGGCAGAGAGUGGUCAGAGAGGAAGAGGAGUAUGAGUUGAGUGUGGAGAAGGGCAUGCCUAAGGGUGCGAGAAUUACGUAUGAGAAUGAGGGUGACGAGAGCCCGGAUUGGGAGGCGGGAGACUUGCUUGUGCAGGUUGUGGAGAAGGAGGCUGAGAUUGGUAGCAGUGAGGAUGAGAGGACGGAUGGCACGUUCUUCAGACGGAAGGGCAAUGAUUUGUUCUGGACCGAGAUGUUGAGCUUACGAGAAGCGUGGAUGGGCGAGUGGACGAGGAAUUUGACGCAUCUAGACGGUCAUGUUGUUGAGCUGCGACGGAAACGAGGUGAAGUUGUUCAGCCAGGAGCAGUGCAAGUAGUGAGUGGAGAAGGUAUGCCUAUAUGGCGACAUGACGACGGAUUGGUGUACGGCGAUCUGCUGGUGGACUAUGUGGUCGUGCUACCUGAUCAGAUGGAAAGCGGUAUGGAGAAGGAGUUCCUUACAGUCUGGGACAAGUGGCGGAAAAAGAAGGGAGUCGAUCUUCACAAGGACUCUGGGAGACCGGAGCCGAAGAUACAUGAUGAGUUGUGA